GCGGCCGGGCGCGGGGACCCGGGCGCGGGUGCACAUCUCCGAGCCCCGGCCACCGCCACCUUGCGGGGCUCCCGGGGCCGCAACCCGGCUCUGCCACGCGCGCACACACCCCCCACCACACUUCUCCGGGGCGCGCGGGCUGAGCUGAGCCCGGGCCGGAGCGUGUCGGCCGGGGGAGAGGGGGCCUUUCGCGGGAGACCCGACCCCGGGCGGCAGCGCGAAGCGCCCACUUCUCCCGCUCCUCCUCCUGCUCGCCGCCGCCGCCGCGUGGAUGCCAAGUACCAGUUUUCCAGUCCCUUCCAAGUUUCCACUCGGCCCUCCGGUUGCAGUCUGCGGGAGCGGGGAAACUUUGGGGCCCUCGGCGCCCGCCGGCGGCACCAUGAAGUCGGCAGAGGAAGAGCACUACAACUACACCACCCCCGGCCUGGGUGUGGGCCUGCCCCUCUCUGCAGUGCAUCCCUCGCUGCCUGCUCCAUGCCACAACCUGCAGAGCUCGGCCGCGGGCGGCUCCACCGUGGGCUACGGAGGGGCGGUGGACAGCGGGCCCUCCGUCUGCAUCCUGUCGUCGGGCGGCGUUGGGCCCAACGGGGCGCCGGCCCUUGAGAGCCCGCGCAUCGAGAUCACCUCCUACCUGGGGCUGCAGCACAACAGCAGCUCAUUCCUGCAUGAGGUGGACGUGGAGGACGUGCUCCCCAAGCGGUCCCCAUCCACGGCCACGCUGAACCUGCCAAGCCUGGAGGCCUACCGCGACCCCUCCUGCCUGAGCCCCGCCAGCAGCCUGUCCUCCCGCAGCUGCAACUCCGAGGCCUCGUCCUACGAGUCCAGCUUCUCAUACCCAUACGCGUCCCCACAGACGUCCCCCUGGCAGUCCCCCUGCGUGUCCCCCAAGACCACAGACCCCGAGGAGGGCUUCCCCCGUGGCCUGGGGGCCUGCGGCCUGCUCGGGUCCCCGCGGCACUCGCCCUCCACCUCCCCCCGCACCAGCGUCACUGAGGAGAGCUGGCUGGGGGCCCACACGUCCAGGCCCUCAUCCCCCUGCAACAAGCGCAAGUAUGGGCUCAACGGCCGGCAGCUGUCCUGCUCCCCGCACCCGUCGCCCACGCCGUCCCCACAGGGCUCGCCGCGGGUCAGCGUGACCGAUGACACGUGGCUGGGUAACACCACGCAGUACACCAGCUCUGCCAUCGUGGCCGCCAUCAACGCCCUGAGCACCGACGGCAGCCUGGACCUGGGUGAUGGCGUCCCGCUCAAGGCCCGCAAGACCACGCUGGACCACUCGCCCGCGGUGGCGCUCAAGGUGGAGCCGGCGGGCGAGGACCUGGGGGCCACGCCGCCCACGCCCGACUUCCAGCCCGAGGAGUUCGCGGCCUUCCAGCACAUCCGCAAGGGCGCCUUCUGUGACCAGUACCUGUCAGUGCCGCAGCACCCGUACCCAUGGGCCCGGCCACGGUCCCCCGCGUCCUACACCAGCCCAUCCCUGCCGGCUCUCGACUGGCAGCUGCCGUCACACUCAGGACCCUACGAGCUGAGGAUCGAGGUGCAGCCCAAGUCCCACCACCGCGCCCACUACGAGACGGAGGGCAGCCGCGGAGCUGUGAAGGCGUCAGCCGGGGGCCACCCCAGCGUGCAGCUGCAUGGCUACAUGGAAAGCGAGCCGCUCACCCUGCAGCUCUUCAUCGGCACGGCAGACGACCGGCUGCUGAGGCCGCACGCCUUCUACCAGGUGCACCGGAUCACGGGCAAGACCGUGUCAACCACCAGCCACGAGGCCAUCCUCUCCAACACCAAGGUCCUGGAAAUCCCGCUGCUGCCGGAAAACAACAUGCGUGCCAUCAUCGACUGUGCCGGGAUCCUGAAGCUCAGGAACUCCGACAUCGAGCUGCGCAAGGGGGAGACGGACAUCGGGAGAAAGAACACGCGGGUGCGGCUGGUCUUCCGCGUCCACAUCCCGCAGCCCAACGGCCGGACGCUGUCACUGCAGGUGGCCUCCAACCCCAUCGAGUGCUCCCAGCGCUCAGCCCAGGAGCUGCCCCUCGUGGAGAAGCAGAGUGCGGCCAGUGGUCCUGUCCUUGGAGGGAAGAGGAUGGUCCUGUCUGGCCACAACUUUCUGCAGGACUCCAAGGUCAUUUUUGUGGAGAAAGCACCAGAUGGCCACCACAUCUGGGAGAUGGAGGCAAAAACCGAAGGAGACCUGUGCAAGCCGAACUCACUGGUGGUGGAAAUCCCGCCUUUCCGCAACCAGAGGAUAACCAGCCCUGUGCAGGUCAACUUCUACGUCUGCAACGGGAAGAGGAAGCGGAGCCAGUACCAGCACUUCACCUACCUGCCUGCCAAUGUUCCAAUCAUAAAAACGGAGCCCAGUGAUGAUUACGAGCCUGCCCUCACCUGUGGACCAAUGAGCCAGGGCCUGAGCCCACUCCCCAAGCCUUGCUACGGCCAGCCGCUUGCCCUGCCACCCGACCCGGGCGCCUGCCUCAUGCCCGGCUUCCCACCUCGUCCGCAGGGCAGCGCCAGCCCCGAGCUCCACGACCUCUCCUGCGCCCCUUAUGGCUCGGCAACAGCCGGCCCUGGCCACAGCCCCCUCGGACUUCCACGGCAAGUCGGCGGGGUCCUCGCCAGCCAGGAGGCGCUGAGACCCUCGGGCGUGCCUCCCGGGCCCCCGCAGCCGCCGCCUCCCACUCUGCUGCAGCCACAGGUGAGUCCGACGUCGAGCGGUAGCUGCUCCCCGGGGUGCCGGCCAGCGCUCUGUCCCCACAGCCCCUCCUCUCCGCUGCCGCCCGGGACCCGAGAACCGACCCGCCUGCAGUCCUGUGGCCCAGCGCGCCCCUGCGGGACGGGCCACCAGCAGCACCAGCCACCCGAGGUUCCGAGCAGCGAGCCCACCACCGCCCGGCCCCCGCCGCCGCCCGAGGUGCGUGAGGACAGUAAUCGUAGUCUGGCCCCCAUUCCCGUAACGGUCAAGCGAGAGCCUCAGGAGCUGGACCCGCUCGACCUGGACGACGGAGUGUCCCUUCCGUGUGGAUUCCUGAGGGAGAGUGACUGCCUGGCACAGCCGUCCUUUGGGUCCAGGCGAGAACCCAGAUGAUUGGUGUUCGAGAAACUGUGUUCCCGUCAGAGCUGUGUGUGUCCUACCUGACACACUGUCACCAGCACGCAGAAAACACAGACAAGAACAGUGCCAGCGUGUAGGCCGGGCUCCUUCCAGAGUGACUGUACAUACAGUUUCUGUUGACGAAUUCAGCCUCACAGCAGCCCUGAGCGGGCAGAACCGCCGAUUCAGCCCCAGCUGACAGAGAGGGAGGCUGAAGCUCAGAGGGAGGUGUCACUGGAGCUGCUCGGAGCGCGGCAGGGAUAGAACCGGGGUCCGCCGUGACCUGCCCGCCAACCCUGAUGUAAGCACCGACUCUGGGCCCCUGAGGUCGAGCUGUGUCAUUAAGAUGCAGUGAGCAAAGAUUCCCGCUCAAGAGUCUAGCUUUCAUGUGUGGACUUGCCUCGAAAGCCAAAGAGAAGUGUGGAGUGUGGUAUGUGUUUCUUUCAUCAGAGAAUCUCUGUUAUUAGUGGAGGCACUUUUUGAUGACCCAAGGAGAACUGGAGGAAAGGCAGGACUUCCAAAGUGAUGCAGAGAGGACCUUGGUGAGAUAGCAGUCCCUAAAAGUAGUAAAAACACUGACACAUCUUUCAGGUCAAUUAUUCCAGAACCUGACAACUACCCAGAGGCAGAGCAAACUGGAAAGCAUUUAUUCAAGGGAACCUGGACCUUGGGAAACUAGAUCUGUGGUGCUGUAACUCGGGGCUAUUCCCCUCCCCCCACUCCAUGGAGUGGAGCCACAUAGCCCAGUUCAGUCCCUGGUCAGGGGAACCAUGAUCCUGCAAGCCGUGUGGCAUGGCCAAAAAAAUAGACAAGCAACAUGCAAGAUGGAUGUAUUUGCAAAACAAGUGUCUGAUAAAGGACUUACACUUAGAACAUGGAAAAGCUGCAUAUCUUAAUAACAAACCAGCCAGUCAAAAACUGGGUAAGAGAUUUACAUAGACAUUUCUCCAAAGAAGAUACAUGAAUGGCUAAUAAAUACAUGAAAAGAUACUCAACAUCAUCAGUCCUGGGGAAUGCCAGGAAGACACCUUUUCACACCCAUGAGAGAUGCUGUGAAAAAUCAGAGAUGGUAGCAACUUGUGGAGAGCACAUGGAGAAGUGAGCACUCUCGCAGGUUACCAGUGAGGAUAUAAGGAGUACAGUCACUUGGGCCAUGCCUUCGCCAGAAGACCCAACAAUCCCACGCUCAGACAUCUACCCAGAGAAAUGAACACGUAUGUACACAUGAAGACUUGCACACAAAUGUCCUUACCGGCAUUGUGUGUCAUAUCCAAACAUGUGAAACAACCUAAAUGUCCAUGGAACAGAUUUUAAACAGUGUGCUGUAUCCAUACCCACAGGAAGAAUGAAGUACUGAUUCAUGGUAGGACAUGGUUGAACCUUGAAAACAUGUAGAGUGAAAAAGCCAGACACAAAGGACCACAUUUUAUGUGGGUCCAUUUAUAUGAAGGUGUUCAGAGAGGCAGCCUGGCCUGGGGACGUUUCUAGGUCUGACCUCUUGUGCAGCUUCGUUGGCAUUACUUACGGUUUUGCUAAAACACUCAAUGCCAAAGGAGAGAAGUGCUUUGGAAGCGAAGGCAUGUGUGCGUUGUGCGUGUUUGCUUCUGUAUGUGGAACACACACAACCUUUUUUCAGGCGCGAUGGGAGAAAAUUCUAAUUCUAUUUUUAUAUGACACAAAAUAAUGCUGAUAGCAGAGUUUCUCUUGGGGAAUAAAAAUAUGUGUGCUUCUCCAUCACUUACUAUUUAGCUAAAUAAAGGAUUCUCUUUAAAGCGUGAGCCAUGUGGGUCCUCACGUCAGCUGGGCAUAAAGCCUUGAGCCCCUUUACCCUUUUCAGUCUGAAUUUUGACACCGGGUUCUUCCUUCCUUACAGAUUACAAAGUGGAAGCUUCCACACAGUUAAGAAUAAAGACGGUCCAUUCCUCCUCUCAAACAUCCGCCCUUAUCAGGCCCAGGGGACCCCGACUAAUCACAGCCUGGUCCUGAGACAAUGGGCUGCGCCGGCCUCUGGAGGAUGCAGACAGUUAUC